AUGGUCCGAUCUGCUCGCUCGUUGAUGGUUUGGUACAUGUAUGAUCAAUCGAGCAAUGUAAUGCCAAGGGUUCACCCGACUACCCAGGACAUUGCAUCAGACGUCGCCGAUUGUUCUUUACCCUACCAAUUCGUCUUCAUCAACACCAAUGGCUCAGACAUGGCACUGUCACAUGCUACUGCCACACCCGCCUCCGCCACUACCAUGCUUACACCACAAGUCACUAUAGCGGCCAGAAAGACAACGCCUGGCGACCGCCCUCACCGCCCGCACCCAGUGCAGUCGAAGACGCUCGCUGAGCAAGUCCGGUCCGGAACUGCCAUCGACAAGAUCAGACCAGAAUCGAAGAAGCUGUUCAUGCCGGGCUGGACGAUGGUCAACGCAGACGACAACACCAAAGUCGUCCACUCAUGCAAAAGCCGCAGCAACGGAAGAGAAGGGCAAAGCAUGACCGAGCUUCAUCCAAGUGCCGAGGGUGUCGACCAUCGUCAACGAUAUGCUGAUUGA